AUGGCCGCUUCACUGGCCAAUGACCCUGAACACGUUGCGCGUAUCAUGCUGUCCUGGCACUCGCUCGACCUCGUCUCGUGCGAAAAUUUACAGACUCUGUGGGCUGGUUAUGGAAGGAUCUGUGCGAUCACAGCGCGAGCCACCACCGACGAAGCGGCACAGCAUCUGAGCAAGCUGUGUGGAGUGGAACCGCGAGCCGCGGGGGCCACCUAUCCUCUGAUUCUGAAGCUGAUCUCGCCACCAGGCAAUAAUGGCUUGGGCCAGGAGGACGAGGGCCACUUGCGGAAAAUGCUCAGCUACGAGGUGGAGCAGACUUUUUAUAGUGACGUGGUCCCGCUCUUGGGCGAUGGAAUCGUCGUGGCCAAGUCUCUGGCCUCGACGCGACAGAUGAAGGGCCAAAAAAGCGAGGCGGAACUUGGCGGUCUGCUGGCCACGCUCAUGGUGGAUUUAUCUCCCAGAUUCCCGGUUCCUGGAGGGAAGAGGAGUGCCCUGAAUCGCACGCAGGUGCAGAGCUCGCUAGAAUGGUUGGCCCGCUUUCACGGCCGCUCGUGGGGGUUGCUCCCAGACAGCCUCGACCGAUAUCUCCUGCCUCCCCUUCAAGAGCACGAGAGAAGACGGCAACAGUGUACCGGCAACGACGCCUUCGGGCGAGGCUUGUGGCUAAAUGGCGGGUACACGUAUCUAUCAACCCGUCAGGGAGAGUACGCUUCUCUCGCUCGAGACGCCCACUCAGAAUGGUCCAGUCUUAUGUGUCAGCCGUGGCCGGGUUGCUCUAUGUCUGUCGCCGAGAUGGCUGCAUUUUUCUUAAGCCCUCGCGGGAGGCCAUUCGAAUCGUAUAUCCAUGGCGACGUCAAGUCGGAGAACCUCUUUACCACGGAAAAUGGUGACGAGGUGGCGUUCUUUGAUUUUCAAUAUGUUGGGCUGGGUUUAGGUGUCUGUGAUCUCGCGAAACUAUUCACUUGUUCAGUGCCUCUGGACAUGCUUGUGGAGGCCUAUGAGCCUUUGCCAGAGCGGCUGGCAAUGGGAGAUGGCGAGAGGCGACUGCUGAAACAGUAUCACGACAGCCUUUUGUGGGAUAGGCAGCCGGACUUCUACGAAUGGGCGACGUUCAAGCGACACUGGGAAACGGCUCUAGUGGAUUGGUGUAGAUUUCAGGCCUCCUGGGGAUUCUGGGGCAACACGGAGUGGCUUGAGGCCCGUGUAAGAUCAAUCAUAGACAAUAACGAGUGGAGAGAUUGGCUCCUUCGAAAUACUAGUACAUAA